CGUAAGCACCGAAAUCAUCACUCGUUGUCGUGUCUUCUUCAGAAGACUUUAGAGCUUUUUUCGUAUCUCUGCAACUUCUUCCCAACACUUUUCCUUUUUCUCGCUUUCACCUCUAUACAUAUAUCUAUAUAUAAAUAUAUAAUAGAUAUAUUGUAUAAGCUGUUUGAGAUCUAGGCCUUCCAUUUUUUAUUUUUGUAUUUUUCUAAAUCUUUGGGCGUAAAUUCUAAUGGAGUCUUCCAGUGAACAAACGGAAUUCGAGUACUUGUUCAAGCUGUUGUUGAUUGGGGAUUCUGGAGUUGGGAAGAGCACUCUUCUUCUCAGUUUCACUUCCAAUGCUUUUGAGGAUCUUUCUCCUACUAUUGGUGUGGAUUUUAAGAUAAAACAUGUCACUGUUAAUGGCAAGAAACUGAAGCUUGCAAUAUGGGACACAGCUGGACAGGAAAGAUUUAGAACACUUACCAGUUCAUAUUACCGAGGCGCUCAAGGAAUUAUUAUGGUAUAUGAUGUAACGCGGCGAGAAACAUUCACAAAUCUAUCUGAUAUAUGGGCCAAGGAAAUUGAUCUAUACUCAACAAAUCAAGAUUGCAUCAAGAUGCUCGUUGGCAACAAAGUUGAUAGGGAAAGUGAGAGAGUUGUUAGCAAAAAGGAGGGGAUUGACUUUGCGAGGGAAUAUGGAUGCCUUUUUCUUGAAUGUAGUGCAAAGACUCGAGUAAAUGUGGAGCAGUGCUUUGAGGAGCUAGUAUUAAAGAUUUUGGAAACUCCAAGUCUAUUGGCCGAGGGCUCAGCUGGCGUUAAAAAGAACAUCUUCAAAGAAAAGCCUCCAGAGUCUGAUGCCUCAACAAGUGGGUCCAACAUCAAAGGAAAGAAAGAAAGAAAGAAAAUGAACUCCACAACAAUCAUGGAAGAAGAAGAAGAGUCUGAAAGCAGUUCCGUGAGCGCGGUCUCCGAUGAGGAUCCGAAACCAAAACCUCAACAAUACGACGUCGUAAUGUCUUCCAGGGAUCCAGAUGCUCUCUACAGCGGUGGCGGUAUCAGUUUUCUCAGUGGGAGUCGUAGUGCGAGAUUCAGCUAUGGAUUUUCGAGUUUCAAAGGAAAAAGAGCUUCAAUGGAGGAUUUCUUUGAGACGAGCAUAUCAGAAAUUGAUGGUCAGAUGGUUGCAUUUUUUGGGGUUUUUGAUGGUCAUGGUGGUUCCAGAACUGCGGAGUACCUCAAGAACAACCUUUUCAAGAAUCUAAGUAGCCACCCGGAUUUCAUCAAAGACACAAAGACUGCUAUUGUUGAAGUAUUUAGACAAACGGAUGCGGAUUAUCUUAAUGAAGAAAAGGGUCAGCUAAAAGAAGCUGGCUCGACUGCAUCGACUGCUUUGCUGUUAGGGGACAGGCUGUUUGUUGCGAAUGUUGGAGAUUCGAGGGUAGUCGCCUGUAGAGCCGGCUCAGCUAUCGCGUUGUCCAAUGAUCACAAACCCGACAGACAUGACGAGCGUGAAAGAAUUGAGCAGGCUGGAGGCUUCAUUAUUUGGGCAGGAACAUGGCGGGUCGGUGGUGUUCUGGCUGUUUCUCGCGCCUUUGGAGAUAAAUUUCUCAAACCAUAUGUCGUUGCUGAACCAGAAAUACAGGAAGAAGAAAUAGAUGGUGUCGAUUUUAUAAUCAUUGCAAGUGAUGGACUUUGGAAUGUCCUAUCGAAUAAGGAUGCAGUGGCUAUAGUAAAGGAGAUAACAGAAGCAGAAGAGGCAUCUAGAAAACUCAUAAAGGAAGCUUAUGUGCGAGGGAGCUCGGACAACAUAACUUGUGUUAUUGUUCGGUUUGAUGUUUCCUGAUCACAUUAUUUCCAAGGUGAAAUUAUGUCGUUUUCGUUAAAGACGUGGAUUUUUGAAUAGAAAAUGACUGACAUAUUGCUUCAAUGUUUGAGACAACCGCAAAAUGUAGACUAGAAGUGGAAUAUCGAUUUUGGAGAUAGACGACAGCAAAUAUUCUUUGCAAGGGACAUGUCAUUUAAUGGAAAACGCCAGAAAACUGAACAACGACAGUAUAGUUUAAGCUAAGAUACAGUCGAUUUAUAAUGAUAAACUGAAUGUCGUUUAUUAAUAAGCGACGCAAGUUUUAUCAGACGAAUUGUAUGUGGUGUUUUUACGAAACGACAGGCUAUGAGAAGACAGUAUUUAUUUAUUUA